AUGGAGAACAUCAUAUCCGACGGCUCGCCUCUUGCGCAGUUACUAGAAGGUCAAGGUACUGGGUCACCCGACAACUCCCCAGCGCAAUCCCCAUCGCAGUCCGCCUUCCCGCAGAGCUUCGCGCCCCGGGGCCCUUCGACGCUGCAAUCGCGGAUACGAGACAGGCUGCCCCAGCCGCUGCGCAUCCACGCCCGCCAUGGCUCCAUCGCUCGCAUACACACGGCGUGUUCGAAAGCCGUCAACUCUCGCAUUGGGCGCGCCGACAAUGAGCGCUUUCUGGAGCAGUUCCGCUACCUCAUCGUCGCUUCCCAGCUGCUCGGCGAGCAGGGAGGCCUUCGCGCAUCCGCCGUUCCCAGCUUCGCGGCCAACGGACGCCCUGGCCCUCACGAAUUCAAGGUCGCAGCGAUAAAUCCCGUCGGCGCGGCUUUCAUUGGCACUGCAACCUUCAUACUGGCAUGGCUUGUUCACUGGUCGCGACGCCAACCUGCAUUCAGCAAGAGUAGGACCCUGCUGGUCAUUCUCGUCUUCGCUGCCAUUGCUACCGCCGGCUACACGUACCUGCGACGGCAAUGGCUGCAGUAUCUGAGGCAGGAGGCCGUCAAGGGCGCAUCUGACCUGGUCGCGAACCUGCAGGCGUUCGAAGCCUCGACAUCAUCUGCCCUUGCAUUGAUCCAGGAGGUCGAGCUCGUCUCGCGCGGCUAUCGAUUGAGCAGCCCUCUGCCUCCCAUCUCGCGCAUGGAAGAGAGGGGGCAGGCCCGUCGUUGCCAGCGACUGCGUCGGAACCUCCGCGCUGCAUAUGCCGACAUCGUCCCCAUCCUCGCCGAACAGUGUGGCAAUCUGAAGCAAUUGAUACCAGAAGAUGAUCUGGAAAAGUACCUCGAUGUGUACGAAAUCAGCAAUCCGGACCUACAAGAGGCAGCCCUGAGCUACAGCGAAUCCGAAUUUGAUGACGCCGAAACGCUGAAAGCGCUGCGCAUCCUGCAGUACCGAUUGUCCAUCCUCCGACGCGUAUACCUGUGCUCCCUUCUCGCUAUGGAGGCAGACGGCGGUAAGCCUGACUUUGCGCGAUGGUCGACAGUCGUGGACUCCAUGCUAAAUACGGCUCGUCCCGUGGGAGAAUGGAGCGAGAAGUUCAACCGCGUGCUCGCCGAGGAAGAGCAGUUCGUACUCCCGUCGCCGGCCAAAGUUGCACCCACGCCUGGCCGAGAAAAGAUACGCAAUUCCGUGCGCAAACUGUCGGGCUUGUCGAGUGGCAUCCGCGGCUUGCAAGCCAAAAUGCAGGUACUUCGCGAAGAGACCAACAAAAGCUUAGAGGACACGGAAGACGUAACCGAUCUGGGCCACUCUCUCCUGGUGCAAUACGACUCCAUUGGUGCGGAUCUCAAGAGUUUGGUCCAAGCUUGGGAAGCUGGCAAGAACGCGCUGGCUCUGAACAUCGAUCGCCACGAACGCAGAAUCUCGCAGGCUUCGAGUGGGCUGCGCUCGCCAGUUCCAAGCCUAGGCGGCCUGACUGCUGUAGAUGAAGGCAGUCCGUCUGAUGCUCUACGCGCCCUCAAUGGUGACUUGCUGAGCCCCCAUCAGAGUGCUCCGUCGAGCGAUCAAGGCAGCAAUUCCGACGACGAAGUGUUCGAAGCUAUUGCUAUACCCAAGACACGAGCCACUAUGUCGAGAGAAGAGCGCAUGCAGAAGAUCCAAGAAGACCGCGUUCGGCAAGCUUCGCUACGUGAGCAGCGAGAUGCGAGCACCAACAUGCUGAGAGAAUUAGAGUCUGUCAUCAAUCUCAGACCACAUCGAGUCUCGGCGCCCCCGGCCGGCGCUCGAAUUACGAGCCUUUGA